AAAACCACUCCCAUCGAUCGAUGCGAAACAAGAGGCGAUUCGAGAGGUUAAUUGCUGAUAAAAAAUAAAAAUUAAAAAAAAAAGAGCUCACUUUUCUGUCUCUUGAUAUUUUUUGCCCACGAUUUUUUCCCAUAUUUUCGCUGGAUUUCAAACGGUCUUGCACUGGAGAGGUAUUUGGAUUCUAGCCGCCAGUUGGCGGCCGGCCCCUCAGGUAACCCGUCUAGGGUAUCUGUAGGUGGAGGUCCUUCCAAUUCUUCUGUGGCUUCUGGAAUUUUCUUCCAGGGUGAUGGUCAGAGCCCAGCCCAAGCUAGCUCCAUGUCUGGUCCAGCUCGGUCCGGCAUAGGCCAUGUCAAUGGAGAGAUGAACCACGGGCCAAUGAAUAGCACAGCAAACUCCUCUGCCCCCAGCAUUGGAGCCAGCUCUUUGGUCACCGAUGCCAACUCAGCAUUAUCCGGAGGUGGGCAACAGCUUCAAAGGAGCUCGAGUAUUAACAACGAGUCGUACAUGCGCCUUCCUGCUUCUCCUAUUUCCUUCUCGUCUAAUAACAUAUCAGGCUCUUCGAUGAUGGAUGGCUCCUCCAUUAUCCAACAGAGUCCUCACCAAGAACAGCUAAAGCCAAUAAAACAGGAGCCAGGAACAAGUUCAGUCUAUGCCCAGAAAAAGCCAAGGCUGGAUAUGAGGCAAGAAGAUGUUUUGCAACAGCAAGUUAUGCAUCAGCUGCUUCAGAGGCCGGAGUCUUUGCAACUGCAAGGGCAUCAGAAUCCUCAGCUGAAUGCGAUUAUUCAACAGCAGAGGCUUGCACAUCAGCGACAGCAGCAGCAACAGAUUUUUCAGUCGAUGCCACAUAUGCAGCGGGGCCCGUUGAUGUCUCAGCAUCUGAGGCCAAGCAAUUUACAAGUGCAAGCUGUACCUCCUCCUGUGAGACGCGUUUCUGAUAGCGGAUUGUGUGCUAGGCGGCUUAUGCAAUAUAUGUAUCACCAACGUCAUCGACCACCUGACAAUUCUAUAUUGUACUGGAGGAAGUUUGUAGGAGAAUAUUUUGCUCCGAAAGCUAAGAAGAGAUGGUGCUUGUCAUUGUAUGAAAAUGUUGGUAGCCAGGCCCUUGGCGCAUUUCCUCAAGCAGCUAUGGAUGCAUGGCAAUGUGAUAUUUGUGGUUCUAAAUCUGGAAAGGGGUUUGAGGCCACACACGAAGUAUUGCCUAGGCUUAAUCAAAUCAAAUUCGACCGUGGAGUUAUAGAUGAACUAUUAUUUCUUGACAUGCCCCGUGAAUUCAGGCUUGCUUCAGGAUUGAUGGUGCUGGAAUAUGCGAAAGCCAUUCAAGAAAGUGUCUAUGAGCAGCUCCGUGUGGUUCGUGAGGGCCAACUUAGAAUAACUUUUACCCCAGAUCUAAAGAUACUUUCCUGGGAGUUCUGUGCUCGUCGCCAUGAAGAAUUUUUCUCUCGUAGAGCGAUAGCACCUCAGGUAAACCAGCUGUUGCAGGUAGUUCAUAAGUAUCAAACUGCUGUAAAUGAAAGUGGAACAGCUGGGGUUCCACUUCAAGAUUUGCAAGCUAGCUGCAACCUUUUCAUGACUGCAGGACGUCAGCUUGUGAGAAAUCUUGAGCUACAUUCACUAAAUGACCUGGGGUUUUCCAAAAGAUAUGUGCGGUGUUUGCAAAUAUCAGAGGUUGUAAAUAGCAUGAAAGACUUGAUUGAUUUUAGCCGGGAGAAUAAGAUUGGGCCUAUAGAGAGCCUGAAGAGCUAUCCUCGACAAGCUGCAGCUAAUCUCCAAGCCCAAAAGAUGCAAGAAGCCGAGCAAAUGGUGAGCACACAAAAUCUACCAUCUGACCAGAGCACACUAAAUAAACUCAUGGCGAUGCACUCAGCAAACAGUAACAACCUCUCAGCUCCUCGUAUCAUUAAUAACACUCCUAAUGGCGCAGUCACAUUGAACAAUUACCAGUAUUUAAUGCGGACUUCUUCAACUCAAGAACCUUUCCAGCAUUCUUCUACCUUCAUGAAUUCUAACCAGUCCCAACAAGGGCCAUUUCUAACAAAGGCAGCAUCUUUUAAUGGUUCAACUUCAUCAAGCAUAAGCUUUCCUCAUCAGAACAAUAACCCACAAUCAUCAUCUCAAGUGAACCAGCAAUUAGAGCAGCACGUGAUACAGCAACUCCUUCAGGAGAUGAUGAACAACAACAAAGGGGGAUCACAACAACCUAAUCCUAACCCUGCUGGCAUUGUGAAAACUGAAGAGGGAAAUAAUGGUACAUCAGUAAUGGCUCAGAGUAGGACCAACAGCUUCAAAACUGCUGCUGCUGCUGCUGCUGCCAACAACAACAACAACAACAACAACAACUCCUCUAGCAGCAGCAGCAGCUUUGAUGUGAAGCCUGACUUGCUUCAGAACCUGCAUCUUCCUGAACUGGAUCAGGACAUUCUGAGAGAAUUCACAGAAAGUGGUAUUCAAUGGUGAGGCCAGCUGGGAAAUAAUAUUAUAAGAUAUAGGGUGUUGAGUGUUGAACUGUGAGAAUUAUGAAACAUAUGUUGUUGCGUAGUUCAGCUCUUAAAACAUUGUGUAUGGUUGGAAUGUGUCAACUGUGAUGCCAGUCUCGGGUAUUAAUAUAAAACUGGGAGGUGGCAGUUUUGAGGUGUGGCA